AACCUUUCGUGGACGUAUCAAAAUCACUGACUUGUAAGUUUCAACUCUUGGAGCUUCCAAAUUCUAAGCUCAUUGCAACAUGGAGAAUGAAUCACAGGAUUCUGCUCGAAAAGUGAUUAUUCAGUUAAAAGCCACUGCUGAUGCGCCUAUUCUCAAGCAAAAGAAGUUCAAGAUGCUUGGAACUGAUAAGUUUGCUAAAGUGAUUGACUUUUUGCGUCGGCAAAUUCACAGGGAGACCGUGUUUGUAUACAUCAACAGCGCAUUCUCACCAAAUCCAGAUGAAUUGGUGAUCGAUCUGUUUAAUAAUUUCGGCGUUGAUGGUAAACUGCUGGUCAACUAUGCCUGUUCAGUGGCGUGGGGCUAACUUUCACGAACAGCUAUGCUGAUAAACUGUUCAUACUAUUUCAUGCAAGAGCAGUACAUGAUUUGUGGAUAGACUGAGAAUAUGAUUGAAGAAAUGGAGAUUACAAGCAUAAAAUUCACAUGCAUCUGUCA